ACGGGGUGGGGGCGCACGUGGUCCCCAUUCGGGGAGCCCCCACCCCCAAAAUCGGGGACUCCCAAAUCUCCUCGGGGAGCCGCAAGCUCAGGAUCUCCCCCAGCUCAGGGGUCGGGCGCUUCUACCCAGCACAGCGGGAGCCGCCCCGGCGCGCUGCGGGAGGUGGGAGCGGGGCGGGCCCCGGGAGCAUUCCCGGUGUUUCAUGGAAAAGCCCCGGCCCGGCUGGAAGCCGUGCUAAGCAAUGCAAAGGGAGCUGGAUUCCUUCAGCCAGCGGGAAGUUGACGCACUAGCCUAAGAAUAACGCGGGCAGGGGAAGCUUGGACAGUGUUGUCCUCGAAGGUAACUCGGCCGAGGCUGCAGGAAAAUCGGCAAUUCCAGCGAAAUUCCCUCGUUGUUUUUUUUUAUUAUUUUAUUUUUUGUUGGUUUUUUUGUUUUGUUGUUUUGUUUUGUUUUUCGCGGGGUGAAGGCGCUGUGCGAGCAGGGCCGUGGGCAGGGUGGUGUCUCGGUGUUACCGUGUUUGCUCUCUGGUUACAUUUCAGCUGCUGAUGAAAUCUCGGCCAGGAGCGUUGGAGUCUUUGGACCUUCCCAUGCUCGGGACCUUUGACUCAUAAAAGGCUCCUUCAAAAAGCGUCGGGAGCAGAAGAGAGAAAGGAAUAGGAGCCGGAGAAGGGAAGGAGGAGCUGCUGGAAGGAGCGGAGCCCGUCCCGGAGCGUGGGGAGCCGCGGGGGGGACAGAGGAAGUCACUGCAUGUGGAGUUUUCGGACAGUAAGUCACAUGCAACAUGGAAUUCCGCGUCCCCGCGUGAUAAAAACAAAAGGGAAGGUGAGGGUGGAGCUGCCGGGGAGAGUUCCCAAAGUUUGAACUUUGAUUUUCUCCAGUUUUCCAUGCACCAAUUUCCUGACUUUUCAGAGGAAAACCAAUCCUUGUGGAAGUAAUAAAAAAAAAAAAAAAAAAAAACCCAAAACAAACCAAACCUUUGGAGCAUUCUUUAAACUUUUUUUCUGGACUCAUCCCUGCCUCCCUGGAUCUCUCCAGGUUUUGGGGGGGGGGGUGGGUACAAACAGCCUGGAAAACCCUAGGAAAACCUGACCAACCUCAGGUUCUCCUGGAUUUUAACAGGCAGAGACGAUUCUGUUUGAAAGUGGGGCAGAGCAAAGCCAAACCCACCCAACCUGUUGUGUGGAGGCUUCACCCUCCUCUACCACCGCCUUAUUGGACUUCCCAACCUCAAUCCUCGUUUUAUUUUUUUUUUCCUCCUUUAUUUUUUUAAAUUUUUCUCUACCAGAAAUGCUCUCUCUGAAGAAAUACUUCACCGAGGGCCUCAUCCAGUUCACCAUCCUGCUCAGCCUCAUCGGCGUGCGUGUGGACGUGGACACCUACCUGAAUUCCCAGCUCCCUCCUCUACGGGAGAUCAUCCUGGGCCAGAGCUCUGCCUACACCCAGACCCAGUUCCACAACCUGCGCAACACCUUGGAUGGAUAUGGCAUCCACCCAAAAAGCGUCGAGCUGGACUAUUACUUCACUGCCCGCCGCCUGCUCAGCCAGGUGAGGGCUCUGGAUAGGUUCCAGGUGCCCAGCACCGAGGUCAGUGCCUGGUUGGUGCACAGAGAUCCUGAAGGAUCCGUGUCUGGAGGGCAGCCCGGAGCUGUGCAGGAUGGCAGCGGAGGUGACGGCGGAGUGAGAGAGAGCGGAGCCGAGCAGGGAUUUGGGGAAGAACUGGAAGAUUUGGGAGCUGUCGCAGCACCUGUCAAUGGAGAUCUCACCAAGGAGGACAUCGAUUUGAUUGACAUCCUGUGGAGACAGGAUAUUGAUCUCGGCGCUGGGCGAGAAAUUUUUGACUACAGCCACCGUCAGAAAGAGAGCGAAGUGGACAAAGAGCUGAGCGAUGGGAGGGAGCGCGGGGACAGCUGGAGGAGUGCAGGGAAUGAGGUCUUGGAUAGAAUCCCGCUAGUUGAUGGAGAGACCGGGGAGAGUUUCCCUGCGCAGGUGCCCGGUGCGGAGGAUCAGACAGCCCUGUCCCUGGAGGAGUGCCUUAGGCUGCUGGAGGCCACCUUCCCUUUUGGGGACAAUUCUGAGUUCCCAGCUGCGGAUGUCUCCGCCCUGAGCGAAGCCGUGCCCGGGCAGAGCCGGGCCCCGGGCAGCCCCCCCAGCCUGCUGUCCCCUCUCCUGGCCGAGUCAGAGUCUCCCUUCGACCUGGAGCAGCAGUGGCAGGACCUGAUGUCCAUCAUGGAGAUGCAGGCCAUGGAGGUGAACAGCACGAGCGCCGAGAGCCUCUACGGUGGUACCGGUGGGGACCUCCUGGCGUCCAACUACAGCCUGGCCCCCGGCACGCCCAUCAACCAGAACGUCAGCCUGCAUCAGGCCUCGCUGGGCAGCUGCUCCCAGGACUUCUCCCUCUUCAGCUCGGACAUCGAGAGCCCCUCCUCCAUGGCGGGCGGCUCGGCCCUGCUGCAGCUGGCGCCCGAUAACUCCACCGGCCUCAACAGCACCUUCGGCUCCACCAACCUGAGCGGGAUCUUCUUCCCGCCCCAGAUGAACAGCACGGGCAACGAGACGGCUGGGCCUGAGCUGCCCGACCCCCUGGGAGGGCUCCUGGACGAGGCCAUGCUGGAUGAGAUCAGCCUGAUGGACUUGGCCAUCGAGGAGGGCUUCAACCCCGUGCAGGCCUCGCAGCUGGAAGAGGAGUUCGAUUCCGACUCAGGUCUUUCCCUGGAUUCCGGCCACAGCCCCGCGUCUCUGAGCAGCUCCGAAGCCUCGUCCUCAUCGUCCUCUUCCUCUUCAUCCUCUUCCUCCUCCUCGUUUUCUGAGGAAGGCGCCGUGGGCUACAGCUCGGACUCGGAGAACGUGGACUUUGAGGAAGCGGAAGGGGCGGUUGGCUACCAGCCAGAGUACAGCAAGUUCUGCCGCAUGAGCUACCAGGACCCAGCUCAGCUCCAUUACCUGCCUUACCUGGAGCACGUUGGCCACAACCACACUUACAACAUGGCCCCGGGCACCCUGGACCCCGAGGAACCCAAAGCGCCCGGCGCCGGCAAGAAGAGCGGCAAGGAGAAACCGUCCGAACUGCUGGACAAACAACUGAGCCGCGACGAGCACCGCGCCAGGGCCAUGAAGAUCCCGUUCACCAACGACAAGAUCAUCAACCUGCCCGUGGAGGAGUUUAACGAGCUCCUGUCCAAAUACCAGCUGAGCGAGGCCCAGCUCAGCCUCAUCCGCGACAUCCGCCGGCGCGGCAAGAACAAGAUGGCCGCCCAAAACUGCCGCAAGAGGAAACUGGACACCAUCCUCAACCUGGAGCGCGACGUGGAGGAGCUUCAACGCGACAAAUCCAAACUGCUCAGGGAGAAGGUGGAAUUCCUCAAAUCCAUCCGGCAGAUGAAGCAGAAAGUGCAAAGUUUGUACCAGGAAGUGUUCGGACGACUGCGGGACGAACAAGGCAGACCGUACUCGCCCAGCCGCUACGCGCUGCAGUACGGCAGCGACGGCAGCGUGCUGCUCAUCCCCCGCGCGCCCGCGCCCGCCGAGCCGCAGCCGCGGCGCCAGGAGCGCAAGCAGAAGGACAGGAGGAAGUGAAGGCGGUGGCGGAAGGGAGAGCUGGGAUGAGGGCCGAGCCUGGAAGUUGCUUGCGGAGGGAACUUUGAUGCCUUCUUAUCCGAUUCUGUCUUCUCGAACCGCACGCGGCUCGCGCGCCGCCGCGCCGGGGGAACUCUGCGGGAGUUGCCGUUCCCAAAAGACGGGGGGGGGGGACUGAGAUCACCCCACAACACACACACACACACACACACACACAAAAAAUAAAAAUAUAAAAAAACUCAGCUGCCACCGCCCAGCCCCCCGGGGAUGCUGGGAGAGCACAGGGACGAGCUGGCAUCGCUGCUGGGGAGGUUGGCAUGAGGUGGAUAAAACAAAAAAAAACAAAAAAAAAAAAAAAAAAGAAAAACAAAACCCAAGGAAAAAAAAAACAAACUACUGUUAGGAACUGGCUUUAAAUAAGAGAAAACAAAACCACAAAAAACAAGAAAAAAAAAAGAUUUAAGCGAAUGGACUUCAAACCAAGUUAUAGGAGAGACAUUUUUCUGAACUUCCAAAGUUCUGUGAUUUCAGGUAGUUGGUUCUUAUUUUUUUUCCCCUUUAAAUUUUUUUUUUUUUUGGUUCCUCUUUGGGAUUUUUUUUUUUUUUUUUUGUUGUCGUUGGUUUUUUUCCUUUUAUCCCAACCCGGAUUUUUGUCAUCGGUGUGUGUGAGAUAUUCCAGAUUUCUCCUCCCUCGAAGAUCAGAGAUCAGAGCAGGGCACACGUGCAGAGACACAAAAGUGGCGUGACUUCCAUUAACCCCUUCCUGCCCAAGGAAGCUCAGAACCAGGGGAAAGGGCAGAAAAACCAUCCUGGGAGGAAGAACAGCCAAGGGGGGGGGAUUGGGAAGGGAGGGAGGAGCAGCAGGAUCCGUUCGUGAGCACGCAGCCCCCGCCUGCUUCUCCUGGGAAAAGCUUGGGGAGGAAUUUUUGGGUCAGGAACAGCACAAGGGGAGCGCUGGGACCCCGAUCCUAAUCUUGGGGUGUCACCUCGAGCAUUCAACAGCUGUAGGCCCCCGUCCAACCACGCUUGGGGUUUUUUGGGGGGGGGGGUUCCAGCCUUGAUUUUUUUUUUUCCCCCCCUCCUUUUAGGGUCUAGAAGUGCUUGUGUUGAGUAAAAA